UAAAUAAAGUCUGGCGGCAAACACUCAAACUCAAUUAAACUGGCUAUUGACUAUUAGGUUUAGUUGCUGUAGAUUUUUGUUCAUGUCAAUUUCUGGCUUCCAUGUGCCUCAAGCUCUCUGAAGCUAUACUAUGAGUGUCUAUCUCGAACUCAUUACCCAAAUUAAAGCUGUGCUUUGCAGUUCACCUGAAAGUUUGAACAAAUGGGUGAAAUGCAUAAAAACUAUGACCAGUCUACAUAAGACCUGUCUACUUAUGUAUUAACUUAAUCAUAGACACGCAUGUAGUUGUUUGCAAGUUACCAUUUGCCCCAAACUUUCAAGUAAGCUGCAAAACACAGUAGACCUAUGUACACCUAUACAUACAUCCAAUUAGAAAAAUAAGUUGCUAGGAUUGGCCGGGGGGAAAAACCAAAAAACGUGGAAACAAGAAAUCUUUUUUGCGCGAUCUCCAAUCCUUUAUUGAUACAACACUUGCCGAAUAGAGAGAGUAUUGUAUUAUUCCAUAACGUAAUGUAAAAUAUCAAAGGUCAAAUUGUGAGUCAAUCGCCUCUGCGCAGCGGGGCAGGAGGGGGCCACCCACAGCCGCUCCCCUUUUACUUUUCCUGGAUCCGCCCAUGGCCCUCACCCCUCUGUACCUUGCCCAAUUAAUUAUAGGCAUAUGAAGGUGACUUGAGAAGUAGUUACAGUGCAAGAUAAAUUCUGGAUGCAAGAUUUAGAUAAGCUAUGCUCUAUAUAUAUAAUUAAUUAUUCAUCCUAUUAUAUGUGGUUCAACAAUCUACCCUUGACGUCAACUAGUUAAUCUUCAUGUAUCAAUAAACAAUUAACUAUCACCUCUGAUAGUAUGUAGGAAUAUUAGCCCUGUGCGCCGGCAAAUUAAGUCAGGCGAGUUCCUCAGGAAAUUACUUAGGGCAUAUAAUUAUCAUUGCCAGAAGAGGUCCGACAUGCAGGCGCGGUGCAGCAGAGCUCAAGCAAUUAGCCUCUGAUUACACUCAACAAUAAAUUAGCAAUAUUUCAAUGAGUGAUUGAGGGUGCUUUCAUACACACUUUCAUAAAACACCCUCACUGGCAGAAAAUACACCCUCAUAAAGCAAGCAUCCUCAAUGGCAUAAAAGACACCAUCAUAAGGAGUUAGAUUAGAAAGCAUCCUCGACUCAAUGUAUGAAAACACUAGCCUCCUUCGCAGCCUCUCUUUUUUCUGUUCUUUGUCACAAUAGUCAUAAUAACUAUUAGAGGACAACUCCUUUUUCUUUGUCGCUUCCUUCUUUCUUUCUUUGUUCCUCUAUUAAUUCUGAAAAGGAGGCUAUGAAAACACACCCUCAUUGACAUUUUGCAGUCACCCUAAUUUUAACACUAUAUCACACCAUAGCAGAUAAGGAUUGCCUCACACGAGAUCAACUUUCACGAGAUCAACUCCCACGAGAUCCAAUUCUUACCAGAUCAACUUUGCAUGAGGUCAACUCUCAGUAGAUCAACUCUCAUAGAGUCAACUUUUCAUAGAGUCAACUCAACUCCUGAAAUCAACUGAGAUCAACUCCAAUUUUAAAAUCCAGAAAUUAACUAUUUUUAUAGGUGUUGUUGACCUUUCUUUUAUAGCUAAUUACUAUAGUACAUGUGCUAAAUAUUUUGUGCCAAAGGUUGACAGGUUGACAGGUUUUGACAGGUGAUAAAAGGGCCACUAGAACUAUCAUGCACUCAUUUGCAACAUGAUGGAUCAACUCGUCAAGACAAACCGAGGAGGAAAGAACCUUCAAUUUGAGGGGUAUAUUUAUACAAAAAUAAGAGAUGGAACCGAUUUUCAAUUCUGGAGGUGCAAAAACCACAAGGCUGGUUGCCCAGCAAGAGCCACUUCAGAGGGUUUGAGUGUGGUUGUAAGGAAUGAACAUGAUCACCCACCCAAUCCAGCUGAGAUCACCACUCAAGUUGCCAUUGCGGGAAUGAGGAAGAGGGCCAGAGAUGAAAGUACCUCCAUAAAUGUGAUCUACGAUGAUCAACUGGAGGUAAUUAGCCAAGAACAGAACUCUGCUGAUGUGCUGGCACAACUGCCUAGCCUUGAGUCUAUCAGGUCCUCUCUGUACCGAGCUAGACACGAAGACACUCCCAUCCUUCCGACCCUCAGAAGAGAUGUCAGCCUCUCUACCAGAUUCUCAAACACUCGAAGUGGGGAAGACUUCCUCCUGGUUGACGAUGGAGAUGAUGACAAGAUCAUGAUCUUUGCCACUGAAGAGAACCUCAGACUCCUGUCUGAUGCAGAGGCCUUUUACAUUGAUGGCAUAUUCUCAACAUGCCCUUCACUGUUCUACCAGGUGUUUACAAUCCAUAUUCUGCUCUAUGGCCAUACAUUUCCAAUGGUAUAUUGCCUUUUGCCUAACAAACAAAGACAGACAUAUAACAGAGUGUUCAUGCUACUCAAAGAUGCUGCUCUAGUUAAAGUUCCCGGUAUCAGUUUUGAUGUUGAAGUAGUUGUGAGUGAUUUUGAGCUGGCCAUGGUUCAGGCUUCUACAAUGAGCUUUCCGAACUCAUAUCAUCGUGGCUGUUAUUAUCACUUCAUGCAAGCGAUUUGGAGAAAGGUUCAAGCCCUGGGGCUAGCCACAGAAUACCGUCGCCCCAAUGGGGAGUUGAAGGAAUUCGUACAAUUGAUGGCAUAUGUGGCAUUUUGUCCACUGAUAUUUGUUAGAACAGCCUGGCUUUCCAUCCAAUAGGAUGCUCCGAACAUCCCAAGAGUUGACGAGCUAGUGGAUUAUUUCACUACCACCUGGAUCAAUGGAAACUUUCCACCAAUUCACUGGAACUACUUCAAUCAACAUCAGCCUAGAACCAACAACCAUGUUGAGGGAUGGUA